AUGUCUGAAUUCGUUAUGGACAAUGCUACAUAUGACUCACGUGGGUGUGGAAAAGCGCCAAAACUGGUUUGGGGAAAAUCUGAACAAAAUAAGUUAAUGGAUUUUACCCACUGUCUCAUUGAAGUUCAAAUACAUAAGUUCUACUUAGGAUACGAAAUAGGAUACGGUGAAAAUCGUUGUGUGGCCCUACAGGCAAGGUCCGUAUCAGCGUCAGCAACCAUCGAGAUAAUGGAGUCCACAAAGAAACAGUAA